UGCUCAUUGAUUCAAAAAUCGCAGUACAGAAGUAUCAUCAUGCCGUCAGCUUCCGAGAAGGCGAAAGCAAAACUCGAUGCGGUGUUGAACGAUCCGGGGCGAUAUGAUUCUUCCCAACGGUCGAAUCGCAUAGCGACGACACGCUAUGCUGCUGGCUGUGGUAUGGUCAACUCCGUCCCCCGUCGCCCCAGCCAGAGCAGCAUAGAAAGCGAUCACGGUGGUGUUAGAAACAGGCUGAAACGCCUCAUGUCGCUACCCGCAUACUGAAAAGAUAAUCCUUGGGGGAUUAUUAUUGAUCUUGAUAAUAAUCUCAAUGGCUGCGAGCAUAUUUUUUUUAAUGCUCCAGUCGCUUCAUUAAGGAAGGGACGCAGGGUGUAUAUUGACAGACUCACCCCUUACAUCGUGCCUCUAUCAUAGGGUUGGAAGGAGUACAAAUCUUUAAUCUGAAUAUCUCUCUCCAAAGAGCAAUCUUGACUU